UGUGGUCGGUUGGUGUGGUCACGCAAUCACAAUUGCAUACAUACUGUUGGGAACUUCCAGAACUAUCGCCACAAUGCCAUCCGACUUCCUAACACCGUUCCUGGAACUGGAUGAUGAAUUUUGCAAGAAUUUCCGAAGCCUGGACAUGACAGCUGGCGUAGGACCCACCACACCGAAACAACGCGCUGUGGGAUUUCAGCGCCGGCACUCCAUGUGCCCAGUGACCCUCCCCAACUCCAAGUUCAACAGUUGCGGCAGCGCCGACCCCGUCAGCGAGCUGGUCUGCUGGCCUCUGCAGCAAGGAAACCAAAACUGGAACCGUGGACAACAGCAAUUGCCCAGAUCGUCUAUCAACCAGAUACCAUUUCGAGUGGACCGUUCGGUCAGCAUGAUUGAGAGUCAUGUGAGCAGCUAUGGAACCGGCGAACAGGCGCUCCCCACGCCGCCGCUUCUGCCGCCGCCAGGGUUGAGCAUCAGCACGAGCUCCUUGUCACCUCCAAAGUCUCCUGCCUCCACUCCGCCUAUCUCUACGCGCUACAAGACAGAGUUGUGUCGCACUUAUGAGGAAAGCGGUACGUGUAAAUACGGAGCAAAGUGCCAGUUCGCUCACGGCAUGGAUGAGCUUCGAGGUCUUAGCAGACACCCCAAGUACAAAACCGAGCCCUGUCGCACCUUCCACACCAUCGGUUUCUGCCCCUACGGCGCGCGCUGUCACUUCAUUCACAACGCGGACGAGCAGCAUGGUCCGGCUGGCGACGUGCCACCGCAACGUCAACAGAUGCGAGAACGCCCCCAGUUAUUGCGUCAGAGCAUUAGUUUCGCUGGGUUCUCGUCUCAAGCACACGCCGGGUUCCAGGCGGUCCCAGAGCCCCUAACAUUUUCCAGAGCUUCUUCGGUAUCCCCUCCUCCUUCCACCGGCAGCCCAGACCUGCUUUCCCCAAUAUUCCCAGAGCCGGGCGCUCUGAAACACAGCUACCCAUUCUCCACCGACCUCGGCAAUGAUCAGCCUCCAAACCCGCGCUUUUACGCGAUCACUGACACUAAAAGCUACAGCGGCUGUGCGCUGAAGUGCGCAGUCCCGAGUCGCCCCCGCAAUGCGUUCACCUUCAGUGGGCUGACAAUGCUGCAAAGAAGUGCGUCCGCGGACUCUCUCUCUGACCAAGAAGGCUACACCAGCUCCAGUAGCCUCAGCGGUUGCGAUUCUCCCAGUUUCGAAGGCAGACGACUUCCCAUUUUCAGCCGCUUGUCUGUCUCAGACGACUAAACCUAUGUGCAUAUUGCAUUUUCCUCGAAGCAGUUCUGGCGGUGCUUUGUUUAGUGAAUAACUAGCUAAACUUUGAAAUCUGACAAUGUAUACUGUUGUAUACCCGUUUUAGCUAUCAUGGGUACUUUGCGUAGCUUUAUACGAUAUUAUUGUUUUCUGAAAAAAAAGAGAGAGUUCUGUUCAAGAAUUUUCUGUACCCAUUUUAUAGUUUUGAAAAAAAUAUAGUAAUAAAAAAGGACGUGUAUUUGGGCUAACCACAAACAUCAAAGUUUUAAAAGGCUGGUAUUUUGCAGCGGUGGCUUAUCGCACGUGACGUAAAAUAUAAGAGCUUUCAGUGGUUUACUCCAAGGCACAUGCCCCCUUACUUUUGUAUUUUUUAUUUUAUUUCUUUUUCUUUUAACCAAAGCUGAAAAGAAUAUGUGAAGUCUCGUCGGCAGAGUUCAUAUUAAUCUUAUGUUUAUUCCAAAAUGUACUGUAAGUAAAUCGUAGCCUUUAGUAAAGGCGUCUAAUGGACAGUAUUAUAAAAUAGUCUAACCAUAGGGCUUUUUUGUGGUUUAUUUAUAUUUUUAUGUUGUCCCACAUAAAUAAUUUCUUUUUUCAAGGCUGUGUAAGUUCUCUAAUAUGCUGAAACAUGCUUUACCCAGUUAAAUUUUAAGUGCAUUGUUUGAGCUAUUUUGUAGCUUUAAGAAGAAGAAAUAUAGACUUCCUUGAAUGUAGGAUGCCAUCUCAGGAUUUUAACUAGCACCACCCUUUAAGCAAAUGGGAGUUGUGUUUAUAUUCCACCUUGUUAAAUCAAACUACAGGCCCAUUGCUCUUCCUGUCCAUUUAACAAUCUAACUUUGCCCUUGAUAGGUUGUCCAUUUGUAAUAACGCUUGUAGUUAUAUUGCAAUGUCUCCCCCAAAACCAACAGUAUAAUAGUUUGUGGUGUGAUCUUAAGUGCAUUACAUUAUCUGGUUGCAGGCAUCUGAAACAAAUGAACAUGGGUCUUAGAAAUUGUGGUCUAUGCUAAGUUGAGAGAGCGAUAGUCAUUGCACAGCUGUCAGUUUUCCUGAGAUUUAAACGUCUCUUGUCUUUCGCAUGGCCGGAGGAUGUGACCAGGUGCUUACUCAUGACAAAUAACUGCCAGAAUGGUUGAUUUUUAAAAAGAAAAUGUAAUGAAAACUUCAGAACUGUUAACUUUUGGAGAGUGUAGUGUUUUUAAAAAAAUGUUUUCCAUGUACAUAGUUUGUUUUUAAGUUGUUUUCACUAGUGAGCCUUGAGCUUAUUUUGUAGUGCAACUGUGAUCAUUUACUUUUGCCUUAACUUUGUGACUGAAAAGACAAGCUUUUGCAUUUUGUUAACUUAAAAUCUAUUUAUUUCACGUUCUUGUUAUUAAAGCAAAACUAUAUUUUGUGUUGGUUUAUAUUAUUUGUUUUUUUUAUAUAUAUAAUUUAAGUGUAUUGUUUACAUUCCACGGGAAGGAUAUCCCUCUUUUUAUCUUAAUAUAUUUUUUACACCUUUGUUCUGAAAUAAACCUGUCAUUCAAAAACAA